UUCAAUUUUUGCCCUUAAUAAUAUAUCUUAUAUCAAAUUUUAUACCCCUUACUAAUUUAUACAAAACAAUUCCACUAUUUUCAAAUUCUACCCAAAAUACCCCUUCCAUUUAAUUUUCCCACUCUCUCUUUCCCACUCUGUCUUUCCCUCUCUCUCUGUCUUUCCCACUCUCUCUCCGACUUUUCCUCUUCGUCCCUGCCCAAAAACAAAACAACCGAACAACGAAAUCUAACCCGACGACGACGACCACGCAGACGCCGAACCCAACAACCCUCUUCUUCCCACUCGAUUUUUCCCUCUCUCUCUCUAUCUAUCUCGGUCUUGAAUUCGACCCGUGCUCGUGGAAACCACCACGAACAGUCGCCAACACAGGCCGUCGCCAGUACCCGUGCUCGUCCAAACCCAACACAGGCCAUCGCCACCACAACCAUGGACCGUCGCCACCACCACAAAGCUCAGUCAAAGAUGGCUCCCAGACUCAUUAUUCCAGCACCCGAGCAUUUCACUGGCCGCGUCACAUAUAGGGGCACUGGAAUUUUUGCCAAAAUUAAAGCUCGGUUUGAGGAGUUCAACCUUAACAACACGGCGAAGGAAAGCCGUUUCGGGAGCUUCUGGAAUGCCGUACCACUGACAUUCUCCUCGGUGUUAUUUCACCAGCUGAUGCUCCACAAAAUGAAAGUGGAUGCUCAGGAGGAGUUGAGGAUGAGGUUUUAUGUUGGUCGGAAGGAGGUCCGAUUCGGGGUGCUGGAGUUUGCACUCAUUACGGGUUUGGACUUCUCCUCGGGGCCAACAGAAGAGGAGAAGGCUGCGCAGGUCGCGCGCUCGGGGUCAGACCGAUUGAUCAACAAAUAUUUCAACCGGUCUGAUAGUGUGAAGACAGAAGCACUCCAACUUCAGUUCACAAACUGCCAGAACCCGGAAGACUUGUACAAGCUCGGCUUGUGCUUGUUUGUGGAGUCAGUGCUUCUGGGCCGCGAGGCCAACGCGCUGAUCACGCCUCACAUCAUUAGAUAUGUGGAAGACCUCGAGUUCUUCUUCCGGAUUCCUUGGGGGAAGCACUCAUUCGCCAGACUCAUGCACUCGCUUCAGAAAGACAUGUUGAAACAGAAGGCCAACUACGAGAAGAAGCUGAGUUCGGAUGUUCAGCACGAGUGCAAAUACACAGCAUAUGGCUUCGCACCUGCAGUCCAAUAUUGGGCGUACGAGGCCAUUUUGGAGGUUGGCAAGAGGUAUGGCACGAACCACGGGAUUCGGGGCUCCUUCCACGGACGAGAGGAGGAGGCAUUUGUGAGGACAAUUUCUUACGAUGGUGUGGAGAACCCGGUUGAUGAUGCCGUGGAUGACACGAGAGGCCGAGGCGAGGUAGUCGGGUACCCUUCAGCACCGAAGGCCCCAGCAGAUCCAUCUACCCCACCACCAGCUGCUUCACCCCCAGUAGAAGAGGAUGAGGUCUUCCACGACGAUUACGAUCCUUAUGAGGGAGCUCCAGCGACUCCGAUCGAGGCACAACCUCUUAUCCAUGUACAUGACACCGAGUCGCAGGGUGAGAUUACGUCCAUAGAGGCACAACCCGCAGUGGUUAAGAGCUCGGAAGAGGAAGAGAAAGCCUCCCGUAUGGUUCGGUGA